AUGCCGUCGGAACGCGACUACCAAAUAUCCCCCAUUGUGCAGGAAUCCGUCAUGCACAACACCAAGACCCUAUCAAACCUGCAGAGUCUUUCAGCAUCCCUCUUCGGUGUCGCGGCUGGCAUCCUCGGCCUCGAAUCGUACAGCGGCUUCCUCUUCUACCUCGUCUUCUCACUCAUCACCGCCGUCUUGUUCUACGUUCUACGCAUCGCUCCCGAAUCGACGUCGGCAGGUCUCCCAUUCCUCAGCACAAGCCGUUACUUCAAGGGACCAUUCGACUUCUGGACAAGUGGGCUGCUUGGAGGUCUUUCUGGUUUCAUUCUCACUUGGACGUUGUUCUACGGUUUGGUGAAGGCAUGA